GCCCGGGGAGCCAGGACGAGCCGCCUGGGCUCUGCGUAGCCGGCGGCUCGGGGGCUCCAUCCGACACCCUCCGCACAUGAGGCCAUGAGGCACCCACUGGACCAGGGCCAGGUCACCCCUCCCUGCCCCUUACCCCAUCCAGGAGCUCCUUGCUGUCUCACAUCUGGGAGCUGAGGGAGCCCUGGAGGCUGGGGGCCUGCCUGUGAGGGGGUGUCUCUGCCGGGCACCAGCCCUAGCUCCCACCAGCCACACCCUCUGCAAGGUCUCAUAGAAUACUGGACAGAACCGAGCUGGUCCCCAUUACACAGAUGGGGAAACUGAGGCCAGAGAAAGAGGAGCACCUGGCCCCUGGCCAUACCAGAAGACCCCGCUCCCUCUGGAACCUCUUGCUUCUGCUGUGGACCUUCCUGAAUUGUGGUUUGGGGGGCAACGCUCAGGGUCCAGGUGAGUGGACGCCAUGGGGUUCCUGGAGUCGCUGUUCCAGCUCUUGCGGGCGAGGGCUCUCAGUGCGCAGCCGGAGAUGUAUCCGGUUUCCAAGGGAAGAACUGUGCUGGGGAGACACCCAUGAGUACCGCCUCUGCCAGCAGCCUGACUGUCCCCCAGGGGCCAUGCCCUUUCGAGACCUCCAAUGUGCCCUCUACAAUGGCCACCCCGUCCUAGGCACCCAGAAGACCUACCAAUGGGUGCCCUUCUAUGGUGCACCCAACCAGUGCGACCUCAACUGCCUAGCCGUGGGGCACGACUUCUAUCACAGCUUCGGUCGCGUGCUGGACGGUACCCCCUGCAGUCCGGGCGCCCAGGGACUCUGCGUGGCUGGCCGCUGCCUCAGUGCCGGCUGUGACGGUUUGCUGGGCUCCGACGCCCGCGAAGACCGCUGCGGCCGCUGCGGCGGCGCCAACGAUUCGUGCCUCUUCGUACAGCGCGUGUUCCGCGACGCCGGUGCCUUCGCUGGGUACUGGAACGUGACCCUGAUCCCCGAGGGUGCCAGACACAUCCGCGCCGCCCACCGGAGCCGGAACCACCUGGCGCUGAUGGGCGGCGACGGGCGCUACGUGCUCAACGGGAACUGGGCGGUCAGCCCAGCCGGGACCUACGAGGCAGCGGGCACCCGCGUGAUCUACACCCGCGCCACAGGGCCGGAGGAGACGCUGCGCGCCGCCGGGCCCACCUCCGAAGACCUGCUCCUGCAGGUGGGGGUGGGCCUGAGAGGGCGGCUGGGCGUUGGGGGUGGGGUCAAAGAAUCUUGGGUGGAGCCCAACCCAGGCAUUGAAUUCGAGUUCUGGCUCCCUCGGGAGCGCUAUGGCCCCUUCCAGGCGCAGGCUCAGGUCUUGGGCUGGUCCCCGCGGCAGCCUCAGCCUCGGGAGGUAGACCCUCAGCCCCUUGAGUCCCCCACUGUCAUCCCUCCACCGAUCCCGAUCCCCACUCCAGAGCCCUGUCCCCCCUGCCCGGACACCCGCGGUCGUGCCCACCGGUUGCUCCACUAUUGCGGCAGUGACUUCGUGUUCCAGGCCCGGGUGCUGGGCCGCGUCCGCCAGGCCCAGGAGACCCGCUAUGAGGUGCGUGUACAGCUCAUCUACAAGAACCGCUCUCCACUGCGGGCCCUGGAGUACGUGUGGGCGCCAAGCCGCUGCCCUUGCCCCCCGCUGGCCCUCCAUCGGGACUACCUGCUGGCUGCCCGGCGCCUCAUUAGCCCUGAUGGCACCCAGGACCGGCUGCUACUCCCCCAUGCUGGCUACGCCCGGCUCUGGAGCCCCGCCGAGGACAGUCGCGUGCGCCUGGCUGCACGGCACUGCCCUCUCUGAGCCCCCGGACCAGACCUUGGCCACACAUGGGUGACUAGUCUAAGUCAGCAUAUGUCUCCUCUUUCUAUAGCUUCCAGGGAGCUAGGAACUGUUUGUCUUCCACCUGCAGCUCUAUGACUCCCAUCAUCACACUCAGAUACCCCUACUUUCAGAGCCACUGUCACCAGCAGGUCCACAGUGGUGAGGACUCAAUGAACAGACUUUUAAUUCUGGUUUCGUCUCUCACCUUGGCUGCCAGGAAACGCAUAGCUGUUCUACACCCAGACACUUUGUGUCUGCUUUUAUUCCCCUUGCUUCACACUCAUGUGCUCAGAGACAUUGUCACACACAAGCCUGGUCCCAGGAAAACAUGCCUAAAGAGACGUGGUAACGGUUUUCCCUCUUGUCCUGCCUACCAGGAAGUUCAUCACUGUUUAACCCCCAACACUCUCUCCUUUUAGGCUGCUACUUACACACGCACUCUCAUAUUUUCAGAGACACUGUCACAAACAGGCAUGACCCCCAGAAAACAUGCCUACCCAGGCACUGUAACAUACCAAUUUCCCCUUUUGCCCUUGCUACCAGGAAGUUCACAGAUAAUCUUAACAGCUUCAGCAAUUUGAGGGUGGGGUGGGCUUUCCUCCAGGCAACCCUGCUGUUCACCCCUUUUUUUAUUCCUAUUUAAUUUUUACAAGAGCUGUUUUUUAAAAAAAUAAUAAAAAAAACAAGCCCAGUUACACACA